CCGGUUGGCUGCGGAGUUGAGCGUAGCAAAACAAAAUCUCAGCUAAAGCGUGACUCAAAGCAAAACCUGACAACAUAGCCAAACUCUACACAUUUAACAAAAAAAAAAGCAAGAAACGCUUCAAGCCGUGCUUUGUUUUCGACCAGUUUUCAGUUGGAUUGCAACGUGUGCGGUUUCUUCCACAGAGCGCACGCAUGCGCUGUAAAUUAUGAAAGUGUUGAGCGCAACAGUAAAAACAACUAUUUGGCAAUUGCUUUAAGACUUAAAGCUUGUUUAAAAAGAAGCUAAAAGCAAGUCUUAGACAAGCAGCUGAGGAACAUGCCGCAGGGCAUCCAGCGAUGGGGCGCCAUAUUCCGGCAGCUAUGCGUCAUUUUGGCCCUUGGAAUUGCUACACAGAGCGGAGCCGCGGCACAGCAUCUGAUUGCGUACAUCUCGCAGCAUGGACUGCACGGCGAGAUCACUUUCCGCCAGGCCGGUCCGCAGCUGGUGGAGAUCCAAGCCAAUCUGGAGGCGACACUGCAGUAUCCGGAUCAGGUUUGGAGCUGGGCGGUGCGACGCUUUCCCGUCGACUACACCAAUAUAGAGCCCGAUGAGCGCUGCGAACUGGAGCGCCUGGGCGGACAGAUCUUGAGUUUCGAUGAGGAACUGGACUACUUGGUGCUGCCGGGCAAUGAGACGGCCAGCUGGCAGCACAAGAUGCAGCUAAUUGGAGAUCGUGGCAUUUGGGGCAAGUCUCUGGUGCUGACAGAAGUCAAUUCCAAUGCGCGCAUUUGCGCGACGAUCACCACAGUGCAAAUGCCCGUGGAGCACAUGGCAGAGGCCCGCUUCAAUACGCCCAUUGCAGGCUCUGUUUACUUUCGCUGGCUGGCGCCGGCCGACGGCGCCAGCGGCGAUACACUGAUCUACUCGGAUUUGUAUCAUAUUCAAGCGCAGCCCGCAGUUCCAGGGCAGGAGAAGCAGGGGCGAGAGUUCACGCAACAUCACUGGAAGAUCUUUGUAACGGACAUCUUCAAGCACGAUCACCAUCGCAGUGAGGAUAACUGCAAUUUCCUACAGCUGGUCUUCGAUCCGCAGGGCAGCGGUCCAGGCCAAGGCAUUGGCGACUUGGAUGCGCGGCUGGGCAGGAUUGGCGUGGCCAAGAAUGCACUGCGUCAGCGACAGCGCAGCGUCUUUCGCGAUGCCAAGCUGGCGCUCUUGCCCUCCGACCUGACCAUACCGCAUCGCACACUCUAUCUGGUACUCUACGACAAUCAGCAUCCGGACAACUACUUGGCCUGCACCAAGAUACGCCACGUUCAAACACUGACCUACAAAACCUUCAUCAAUUCCGGCGGCGUCAAGGGCGAGGUGACCUUUACACAGCGCUCCAAAUUUGAUCCCACUUUCCUCAAUUUUACCCUGUCCACUCCUCAUGCGCCGCACGUGAGCCGCAAAUUUGCCGAGGAUGUCGCUGCCUUUCGCAUUCACGGUCUCCCGCCCGCGCCGCAACGCAUCGGCCAGCCGGACUACUGCGAGACCACGGGCGACCUGCACAAUCCCCGGGAACUGCAGCAGGAGCACGUGCCGCCGCCUGGCUAUGGCACCCAGGAGCAAUACGCCCUGGGCGAUCUCAGUGGCAAGCUGCAGGGCCGCAACAAGCAGUACUGGCAUCAGUAUGUCCUGCCCGGCACCAGCUCCGAGCUGAGCGGCCUCUACUGGGACCUCUAUCUGCCCCUGCAGGGUCGCCACAGCAUCGCCCAUCGCAGUCUAGUCAUCUACACCUACAACCGGAGCGAUGUCCAUAACAUAACCAAGAAUAUAUGGGGUUGCUCCCCGUUGAACCAGUAUCAGCGGAACGGGGUGUAUCAACAGCCCAUGUUUACGGCGCAGGUACUUUUCCGCUACCCUAUAGUCGGUCGUGUCAUCUUUCGACAGGCUGCCGAGCAGCCCUGGCAGGAUACGACAGUGCUGUUUGAGUAUCUGAUUCAAGCGGAUGGCUCCACGCAGAACAGCACCUACGAGCACCGCUGGGCCAUACACAGUAAUGCGCCAGGCAAGGAUUUCUAUGACUGGCAACAGCGCUGCCUUUCGGCCGGCGGGGUCUUUAAUCCGUUCAAGGUAGAUUGGGGCAAUCGCAGCGUCGAUGACUACUGCCAACCGCAGCUGCCAGCCAUGUGCCGUCUGGGCGCGCUGGAUGCACGUCUGGGCAGACUCACCAUAGCUGGUGGCAAACGCAACGCUAGGCAGCUGAGCCGACGCAUGUUCAGCGAUGGAAAUCUGCCGCUAUCCGGCACCCACAGCAUCCUGGGCAAAUCACUGGUUAUCUACGACGACAACGGUCCCAAGGCUAGAGGCGAGCGACUGGCUUGCUCCAGCCUGAUCGGUCACUAUCGCCGCAAGGUGGUCGCCAAGGAUUGGUACGCCAAUGGAGAUGCACUGACGGUCGCCGGCAAGCUGGAAAUAACGCAACAAUCGGAGUACGACAUCAGCAAUGUGGAGGUGCAAUUGAAGGGGCUGCAGGACAACGGUGGCUAUCACAUACACAUGACACCCGUGGAGGCCAACCUGGCAUUUCCCUGCGAAGCCUCUACGCUGUACGGCCACUGGAAUCCUUUUGAGGUCAAUCCGAAAUCGUCGCCACCACCCAAACAGGGCACCAGCGAUCAGUACGAAAUGGGCGACCUGAGCGGCAAGUUUGGGCGCCUCAAUGGACUCACCCACUACGAGGAUGCCUAUAACGACACCUACCUGCCGCUCUUCGGCUACAGCAGCAUCAUUGGGCGUUCCGUGGUCAUCCACAAGCAACAGAAAAACGCUCGCUGGGCCUGCAGCACAUUGGAGCGUGGCUAUAGUCCAAGUGAAGCGCGGGAGUUGCGUGCCAUUGCCUCAUUUCACCAUCCUACAGGCUAUGCCUAUGGCUACAUAAAGAUGACGCAGCUCAUCCACAAUGAUGGCAGUCAAUCGGAGACCGUGAUUGAGGUGAAAUUGCGGCAUCCUGGCAAGAACGAUCGCAACUCGACACGGAACCACAACUGGCAAAUCUUUGUCAAUCCGGUUGGUGUCGAUGCCGCCGUCAAGCCCACAAUAACACGCUGCGUGGCAGGUGGUUACGUCUGGAAUCCCUUCUAUACACAGCUGGCGGAUCCCUUAAAUCUCGAUCUCUAUGAACAGGAGUGCGGACCGGACAAUCCGUUGCGUUGUUAUGUGGGAGAUGUGGGUGCGCGUUUGGGCACCAUAGACCUGGGAGGAGAGCGCGUGGUGCUCACCGAUACCAAUUUUCCGCUGGAGGCGCCCGUUGGCGCCAUUGGCCGCUCGAUUGUCAUCUUUGGGCCGGACCAUUCGCACGAGCGUUUCGCCUGCGCCAACAUCGAACCGGAUCACAAUGUCAUCAAGUACAUUAAUCUGCAGAAGCCGCCACGUUUCGUUGUCGCACAAUUUCUGGAGGAGCUGCGAUCGGUGAUGGGCAUCCCGGAGUGGAUGCUAGACGUAGAUGCGCGCAAAACAAAGGAGCUGCACGGCGGCGCCUGCAUCCAGAUGAUAAUACACUUCAAGGGUCCUCUGGCGCAUCGUCUCGAGCUGGACAUGUCGCGUCUGAUAGCAGCGGGACGUCUGGAUGCACCAAGUCUUUUCAUACCGGGCUAUGUCAACCAAAAGCGCAAGGCAACCAUCUCGUAUCGCACGUGCGGCGUCAGGGAUCGUAACGAGAAGCGCACCAAAACCUUCAAGGGCAGUUUCUCAGCCAGUUUAGCCUCAACCCAGCCAAAGUUUUACAUAUUAGCUGUGACAGUCAUCAGUUUAGUUUUUACCAGACUCCUGUAAAUAUUUUGUAUAGAUUAAGUAAAUGGCAAUAAAAGAUAUAUA